AUGAAUAUUGAUAAGGAUAAUCGUGACGUCGCAGAUUUGCCUCUCCUUGCUUCUCUUUCCGAUUCUUCAUCCAACCCUUCCACUGAUCCUUCUAUCUCUCUAGUAAAUUCUGUUCCAAUGACCAACGGUCUCUUACUUUUGAAUCCUAUACCCGAUACUAAUACAUCCGAAUCCAAUAAGAAUAGAAGUCUUAUGCAUCCGCCUGGUGACACUUGUCACUUCCAAAUUUCAAAUACAAAACCCCAAUCUGACAGUGCAGGAAAUGAGCUAUCUGAAUCCAAUUGUUGCCAAUUCACUGCUGAGAUGGAUACAUCCUAG